AUGCAAAAGAUUGCGUCAUAUCUCCCGUCCUGGGACACGACAAAAACCCAGAGCAAAAAGGGCUUUGACAAGGCCUUCAAGGUCGUCGACAAGCUCGGCGCGCCCAUCAACAGAUUCUCGAACCGCAUCGGCAGCGAGGCCUUUUGGCCGACGACCCUCGACAAGGAAAGCGACAAGGCCGCCAGAAUUCUCAAAUCCUUCUGCAAGGAUGGCUUCUACACCGAGCAAGAAGCAUCCCCCGGCAGCGGCGACGAUGGCCCCAAGCAGAAGCAGCGCGUCCUGAAGAAGAUUCCCCAAAAGGUCAUUGAAAACGCCGUCGGCCUCGCCAUCUUCACCACCAUGCGCACCGGCCUCUGGGUAUCCGGCGCCGGCGGCUCCGGCGUGCUCGUCGCGCGCCAGGAAGACGGCGAGUGGUCCCCGCCGUCGGGCAUCAUGCUGCACACGGCCGGCCUCGGCUUCCUCGUCGGCGUCGACAUUUACGACUGCGUGCUCGUCAUCAACACGCGCGCGGCGCUCGCCGCCUUCACCAAGAUCCGCGCCACCAUCGGCGGCGAGGUCAGCGCCGUCGCGGGGCCCGUCGGCGUCGGCGGCGUGCUGGAGAAUGACGGCCGCUGGAAGCAGGCCAACCGGCCCGUCUUCACCUACCUCAAGUCCAGAGGCUUCUACGCGGGCGUGCAGGUCGACGGCACGAUUGUGAUUGAGCGCACAGACGAGAACGCGCGCUUCUACAACAACGACGCCGAGAUCAGCGCGGCGGACAUCCUCGCGGGCAAGGUGCGGCACCCGCCGCGGGAGAUUCGCAAGCUCAUGGAGACGCUCAAGGCGGCAGAGGGCCGUGCCGACGUAGACAGCGAAAUCAUGGAGGAGCUGGAGCACGAGCUCGCGCCGGGCGACGUCAACCUCGCCGUCUCGCCGACAUUUGGCGUCCCCGACGAGGACGACCCGGACCCGUACGGCGUGGCGGCGCUCGAAAAGGAAGGGCUAGGCAUCGUGGAAGCCGGCUCCCACGCCCGUGUCUCCAGCGACCAGUUCGAGUUUCGGCCGCGCAGCGGCAGCUACCGCUCCCGCGCCAACACGGCGACCUCGACGCCCACGCACAGAACGAGCUUCGGCGCAGCACAGAAUCCGUCGCGCUGGAGCCGCAGCAGCACCGAUGCCGCCACACAGACAAACGGCCAAGUCGGGAUGCAAGCGACGAGCCCCACGACGACGAGCAGCCACAGCCCGCGCGUCCUGACUAGGAACGGGGUGCUUCCUGCGCAGGAGGACCGGCCGCCUAGCUACGAGGAGGAGGCGGGCCGCACGCGCCCCGACGAAAAAAGCGAGAGUCCGUAUGAAAACGGUGCGGAAGGCAGCUGGAGCGAAGCAAAUGGCCAUGGCGGAGGGGUCGAGGGCGAGGCCGAGUUCCUGGAUGCGGAGGAGACGGUGGUGCCGAAGCCGGUGGUGCUGCCCAAGGGUCCGCCGCCGGCGCUGCCUCCUCGACAAGUGACUGAGACGAAACCGGUAGAAGAGGAUUUUGAAGAUUUGGACUUGAAUGAUGUGAAGAAAUAA